GCACGCACUUGCAAGUUCGUACCAACACAAGCUUAGCCAUGACGAUGAGGAAGCGCCCAUCCGCGUCUUCUCUUCUCGUAGCACCGUUGCUGCUUAUGCUUCUUCCAGUGUUUGCUCUUGCUGCCGGGAGGCACAACCUGAUCACUAGAGACCCUCAGUACGGCCCACGGGCGAACCCAAAUCCAGAACCACUACCAGGAAAACAGCCAGAUCCAAACCCUCAACCAUUGCCGGGACCACAACCAGACCCAAAGCCGCAACCGCUACCCGAGCCUAAACCUCAUACAAACCCACAACCACUGCUAGAUCCACAACCUGAUCCAAACGCUCAACCAUUACCAGGACCACACCCUGACCCAAAUCCACAACUAUUGCCAGGACAAAACCUGCAACAGUUGAUGAACCCACAGCCAAACACAAAGCCGCGGCCACUACCAGACCCACGAGCAAAACCAAACCCUCAACCAUUACCAAGACCGCAGCCUGAUCGAAAUCCACAACCAUUACCAGACCCAAACCCAAAACCAUUGCCGGACCCACAACCAAACCCAAACCCUCAGCCAUUACCAGGACCACAGCCUGAUCCAAACCCAGAACCAUUACCAGACCCAAACCCGAUACCAUUGCCGAACCCACAGCCAAACCCAAACCCUCAGCCAUUACCAGGACCACAACCUCAUCCAAACCCGCAACCAUUACCAGACCCAAACCCGAAGCCAUUGCCGGACCCACAGCCAAACCCAAACCCUCAGCCAUUACCAGGACCGCAACCUGAUCCAAACCCACAACCAUUACCAGACCCGAAUCCACAACCACUGCCUGACCCGAAUGCACAACCAAAACCACCACUUGGGACUCAAGCAGAAAAAGGAAAUGGUGAAGCAAACGUCCAAGAGUAAUUGUUGGCAUGAGAUGUUCGGGUACAUCAACCAUGCCAGACAUAGUAUCGUCAUUACUUAUAUUGCCGGUUGGAUUAAAUAAGUGGUGUGUUGUAACCCACCACCAUUAAGUCAUCCCAUGCUAUAUAAUGUCAAGAUCAAUCAAGAUUAGGGCAUGAUGCCCAUGUAAAUCUUGUGAUUGUUCUUAUUUACUUUUCUGGCUUGUACGGAGGAUGAUGGCUUGUGUGUGCUGGUUGUACUAUGAUUGUGUGAUGAUAUAUACUAAAAAAAUUACUUUGUACCUUUA